UUUUUUUUAUUUGCGCCCAGAAUGCUGAGAUCCCCCACUACUGACGCACUUGGCUAGUGCGCGUCUUUGUUCGAGCUGUUUACGCAGUGUGAUAGCAUUCCUAGCGCGAGUUUCGGAGAGGAAAGUUGACGGUACUGGAACAGCUCAGUAGAAAACAAUGGCAGCCCACACGGCAUGCUGCCUGCUGAUGGCCACCCUGGUGGCGGUGGCUUCUGCUGACAAGUACUACGGCUACCCCGGCAAGCCGUGGGACGGGCACGCGUACGCUGCGGAGAAGUACCAGCAGUAUGCUACACUCUACCAGCAGCAGGUGAUGGGCACUGGCCCGCCACCUCACACGGAGGUGGUGCGCAUGGCGCGCUACAUCGUCCACAAUGUAGAUUGGGCAGCCAUGUCAACCAUCUCCUCCAUGCCUGGUUCGUGGAGUUACCCAUUCAACAACAUCGUGUCUGUGAGCGACGGUCCGGUGGACAGCAGUUCGGGGAUACCUUACAUGUAUCUCACCCCACAGGAUAUGAGCGUCCAGGACCUGAUGAGAGACUACCGAAGCAGUUUGGUGAUGAGCUUGGCUCAGUCUGACUACUGCAAGAAGCAAAAGUAUGAUGCGGAGGAUCCCAGGUGUGCUAAAGUCAUUCUCACUGGCAAGAUUAAGAGGGUGAAGGACCCAGCUGAGUUGGCCUUUGCUCAGAACGCUCUUUUCAGCAGACACCCUGUAAUGAAGACUUGGCCUCCAGAUCAUCACUUCUACGUUGCAAAGAUGAAGAUUGAGCAAAUUGUGGUUCUCGAUUACUUUGGUGGACCAAAAUUUGUUGAUGUGAAGACAUACCUGCAUACUCCUCCAGCAGCUGGACCCCUGCCCGGAAUGUAGAAUAGUAUACUCCCUUGGACAAAAUGAAUCUUGUGCAGAUUUAUAUGUGCUAUACCAUAACUGUUAGUCCUGUGAGGAACUGAUGAUUGAAAUCAAGUGCCAUACAAUUUUUGCAGUUCUUUAACACACAUAAACUGGAUUUAAGUGUUAAAAAUUAUGAUAAAUGUAUGAGCUGAUUCUCUUCAACUUCCUGCAGUUUUAUUACAGUUUUUGAGAAAAUGUUAUAUUUUACUGUGGAAGAGUGUAAAUGUUUUUGUUUUGAUAGUGAAUGAUUGGAGGCAACAGUAAAUAUGUGAUUUUACUAUAAACAAUGUGUUCUCCAAACAUAUUGUGCUGGGCUGUGCAAAUACUAUGUUGUAAUUAUUGUGCUUUGAUAAACAUUUCCAUAUAAAUUACAAAUGUAAUGUUGGAAUUGUAAUUAAGUAUAUAUUUUGUGAUUAAAGUCUAUUCUUGUUA